AGCCAGAGGCAGCCACCAGCGGAGUCGCCAUGGGGCUGGAGAAGGAGACGGGGGACGCGAAGAUCUUCAUGGCCGAGGACAGCUUCGGGCGCCCCGGCGGCCCCGCGCUAGCCGGCCUGGAGAACGGCCCCAGCAGAGACCCGCAUGGGCUGAACACCCACCUGAAGCUAGGAUUUGAGGAUGUCCUAGCAGAGCCUGCAUCAUUUCACUCCUUUGACAAAGUUUGGAUCUGCAGCCAUGCUCUCUUUGAGCUCAGCAAAUAUGCGCUGUACAAGCUCCUGACUCUCUUCCUUGCUAUCCCACUGGCUCUGGUUGCAGGAAUUGUCUUUGCAGUACUCAGCUGUCUGCACAUCUGGAUUGUGAUGCCUUUUGUAAAGACCUGCCUCAUGGUCUUGCCUUCAGUGCAGACUGUAUGGAAGAGUGUGACAGAUGUUCUUAUUGCACCGUUAUUUCACAGCCUAGGCCGAUGUUUUGCUACAGUCAAUAUACGCCUGGACCAAGAGUAAACAUCAGGGAUACAAUUCUGCUGUAGUCUUAGAUGGUGAUAUGCCUCUUUGCUAAUGUAACAUAGGUGCACUUAUUCAUUCAUUCCAAAACUGUUAGGAUUAAAAUAGCUGGUUUAAAAUGGGGACACUUUUUUUUUAAAAAAAAAAAAAUCAUUUACUUUCAGGGGAUCAAUUUAAGAUAAACUAGACUAUUUUCAUAUCUAACUAUUUUAAACAACAGAAAAAAUGUGGGGUAUUUUGGCAAUGCUUUAUUUUAAUGGUACGUUGAUUGCCAGGUUGCAGAAAAAUUCAUGUUCAGGUAUAUGUGACCACCACAAUAGUAUCAUAGAAAAUUGCUGUGGCCGGUGUUGUUACUUUGAAUACUAGUGAAAUUAGUAAUGAUGUGAUACACUGGGCCAAACUCACUUCUAGGGUUUCAGAGAUGGAUCUGGCCCGCUAUUCAGCAUAAUACAUGGAAGGUUGUAUGCUCAGGUCUCAUUGUCAGCAGGAGUCGUGCCUGCAACUCCCUGCAUGAUACAGUACUGAUGUGCAUGGGUAAUAUUCACUCAGCUCGCAUUACUGCUUUGUGAAUCUCCCAUAUAUCAACAGAGAAAAGUUCCCCAAAAUUUACCCCUUAAAAUAAAGUGUUAGCUAAUGGUUUGAGACAAUCAGCUAAUCUAUAUAUAUUAUUUAAUGAGAUUUUAAUUUUGCUGUAUAUUUUGUAUUUGUGUAAAUGUUACUUUAUCAGUUUUCCUUGAAGCAUUAUUUCUAAAGCCUUUGGAUACUUGCAGAAUUAUUAUGCUGAUGAAGUUUGACACUGCAGAAGAUUGAAUAAGAUUGGUGAGAUUUUACUGACUAGAUUACGCAGAUCUUUGGAAAUGCUGCUGUGCAAUUCAAGUAUAUAUUAUUUUCAUAAUUGAAUGUGAAAGCAGUGCACACAAAUGUUUUCAUACAAGAUUAUGCAAAGAGUUUUGAAAUACAUGUUUAUGAGCAUUGUUCAUUUUUUUAAUUAAAAACAGGCUGUAAUAAAUGCAACCUUGCUUAUCUCUGUGUAUUAUCAGCAACAUUGUGAUAUUUAAAAUAAUAUACACUAUUCUGGCACUUUGCUUUCCACUUAAUUAUUCUCUCUUAUUUCAAGCAAGUGGACAUAUUUAGUAUGCUUGUCCAGUUCUCUCCACACAUUUAAUUGACUCUGGUAAAUGCGUAUUUAUUACUUUUAAAGUCUAACUAUAAAGGAUAGUUUUCCCUCCUGCAUUUAACACAGCUUUAUAAACGAGAAUAGCGUGUAAACAAAGGUACAUGAAAAUUAUCUUGAUUUUUUUGAUGGGGUACAUGCUACUGAUUUAUAUAAAUGCAGAUGAAUAAGUUACAACUGUAAAAUGUUUAUAAUAUGGUGCAAUAUGUUUUCCUCUGAAGCAAUGUCAUGCAUUCCUUAUCUCAUAUGAGGUAUGUAAUAAAAUAAUAAAAAAAAUAGCUUUUUCAAUUUUUGGUAGCCCAAUUUACUCAAUCAUCUUUUUUUGUCUUGGUUAGAUAGAUGACCAAUCUCUAAAUAAUUUUUAAAAACUUUUUUUUAAAUGAAUGUAGGCUACUUGUGCAACUUUACAGUAACAUGGUAGGAAAAACAUGGUGUAAAUGGACACAGCUCCACUGAUCUUGAUGAUGUUUCACCCACUUACAAUAGUAGAGAAUUUGUCUCCCUAUGUAAGAUUUAGAACCACUCGUAAGUUCAAACUUAGCAAGUAAGACAGAAUACUUUCUUCUAAAAUCGUGUUAAUAUUCUCUAAAAUAGAUUUCCCAUUGAGGUACUUUGGCUACAUGCCAAAUGAUUUUUGGAAAAAAAAACAGUACACAUUUCAUAGCAUAUGAAACAGAGCUUUAUUUAAUGAGAUGCAAAACAUUCUCAUUCACCACCCAGUAGUAAAUGAACUAAUAUACAUUACGUAGUCUUUGUACUUCAAGAAUGCACUUUUUCCAUAGGUAGCAAUUGGAGAUGUACUCAAACCAAAGUUCUAGAACUGCACACUUUCACAUUCAAAUCUGGAUCUUAAUACACAUAGCUGGUCCCUAUUGCGCUAGUCAGAAAUUCCCACCCCCUCC